AUGCGUAGCCGGUUUAACAUCGAGGGAACUUGCAUCGGUGAUUGGUGUGGAGCUAUCUGCUGCCCUUGCUGCACCCUGGUUCAGGAGGAGAAGGAAAUGGUUCAGCGCGUCAUGGAGCAGGGGUAUCAACCUGUCAUAGAUAUGAAGCGCACCAAUCAAUCACAGGGAGGGUAG